GUAUUCGGAAGCUUAAUUGCAACUAUGCCCGCCCCAGCCGCCGUUCCAAAAUCACCUGGAAACAUAGCACAGUCCAAGCACAGACUUUUGGACUCACAGUCGACUUCACGCCCGAGAAGUGUUGCUGGUUCUUCGAGAUGAAUGCGGCCUAGUGCCAUCAAGGCCCCCUAACUUCAGAAUCAUCUGAAUGCGCGCCACGGUCGGUCAUAUGCAAGUCCCGGCACGCACGGCAACAAUUGUCAAGACUGGAUACCGACGUCAAAGGCUUCGACGUGCAAGAUAGGGCCAUCUGGACACGGCAAAUCAUCGAUACACGCAAUACUGCCCACCAUGUCAAUGCACGCAAAGCGCCAUGGUGGCCAUGACAUGAGUAGCAUGACCAUGAGCGGAGGCAUCUUUACCCCAGAAGACGAAACAUUUGGUCGAGGACUCUGGUAUGGAAUCGCAGGCUGCGUCGGACUUCUCACGAUUGUCAAACUGGCGAACACGAUACAGACAAGGUCAAGAUUAAAGCUGCAACGACGAGAUCCUCAGAGCAUACCUUCACGACCCAGAGGAUGGAUCUCACAGGCAUUUGCGACAGCCACAGCGACAGCACGAGAAAUGUCGUAUCCACAGCCCGUGUACUUUACUGGCAGGAUAAGCAGAUAUUUCAGUCCGCUACCGCUUGGAAAAUGGCUCACACUGGCAUUCUACUGGAUUGUCAUAUUAUCUUUUCUAUGGACAGGGACGAUACUGAAGAAAGGCGACGCGAUGUACGCCUACAAGUGGGAGAAGGUUGGAUUCAGAGCCGCCUGGGUCACAGUCACCCAAAUACCCUUCGUCUACCUGCUCUCAUGCAAGUUUAAUCCCAUCAGCAUUCUUACGGGAAUUUCUUACGAACGCUUCAACUGGUUGCACAGAUGGGCUGCGCGCACAAUGUGGCUCACGGCAAUAGUACAUUGGUCUUUCUUCUACACAGAAUGGAGUCUGGCCAAAAUUGUCACGAUGCAGCUGGAUAUGAUGCCCAUGGUCAAGUACGGCUUUGGGGCAUGGGGUGUUGUAACCUGGAUGUUGCUAUCUGGAUUUGGCUUUUUCCGUGACUUGUGCUACGAGCUCUUUGUUCUACAGCAUAUCGCGGCUGCAGGCACACUUCUCUGGCUACUCUAUGUUCACGUACCCCAUUAUGCGAGUUACAAUAUCUGGAUGGCUGUAGCUUUCGUCGCCUUUGAUUGGGGAGUCCGAAUCAUCUGGGGACUUACGAGGAACAUGCACUUACUGGGUCGAUCUUCCACAAAGUCGCCAGGAUAUGAGACAAGUCUUCAAGCACUUUCUGGAGAUGUCGUCCGCCUCAGGAUCGAUAACCCCGAUUUCACCUGGCAAGCCGGGCAGCAUGUUUAUCUCUACAUGCCUGGUCUACGGCCUUUAGAAUUCCAUCCCUUCACCAUCGCAAGCACGACUGCUUCCAGAGGGCUUGAUCUGCUCAUCCAAGCACGAUCCGGGUUCUCCAGAACCCUGUACAAGUCCGCUGACAGAAGAGCUGGGUCGAAUCCGAGGCACCGAGCCUUCAUUAGCGGACCCUGGGGCACUCCGCCAGACAUCUCACACUGCGAAACCGCAGUCCUCAUAGCGUGCUCAACAGGCGCAACAUUCAUCGUUCCAAUUCUACAAGAUCUGAUGCAGCGCGAGACAUGUCUCCGCAAGAUCCAUCUUCACUGGAUCAUUCGAUCUCAAGAACAUUGCAAUUGGUUUGAGCAAGAACUCCAGGCUGUACUUGAACACGCGAAAGUAUCGAGCCGAACGCGUCUGCAAAUUCACAUCCACGUCACAAAAUCAACGGCAGGGCCACAGACAGUGGAAGUACUGCCUACCAACACCCCUGUGACAACCAAACAAUCUAUCGACGUCGCCAUCACCCCGGCGCCUGGCCAUUCAGAAGAUGUCAAACGCCACUCCCACUCCCUUUCCGCAUCAUCAACAUCAACUUACAACUCCUCAUCACCCUUCCAAACUAUUCCCCUGGACACCACCACAUCGGAUUCUUCGCGUCUGACCCUCCUCUCCGGCCGGCCGGACGUCGCCGCUCUGAUUCGGGAUCCGGUGGAGAACGCCUUGGGCGAGACGGCAGUAGUAGUUUGCGGAGGACUGUCGAUCACAGCCGAGACGAGAACGUUUGUGGCGAGAUUGUCGGAUGAGAGGGCUGUGCAUAAGGGCACGGGGGCGCAGGGUAUUGCAUUGUGGACAGAAACAUAUGGCUGGUAGGUAGCGAAAUUGUCAAUAACCUGCGUAAGAAAGAUUUGAUAGCGUUAUAUGCAUCGUGAUGAAUGUGAUUGAGCGUAGUGUAAUGGAUCUCAACGAUUGCAUUCGCAGGU